AAUAGGGCUCCAUAUUGUACUGCUUUGUGUCCUCUGCUUUCUUUCUUUCUUCAUGCCUCUGUUUCUCUAUUUUAGGGUAAAAGCUUUGUGAUCGAAGAGAAAUACUUGCAGCAUGCCUACCGUUUCCUCUCAACGCUACGAUCCUGCUUGCUGCUUUCCUAUGAUGGACUGUACAGUUAUUUCACCUCCAUAUCAGAAACGCUGCCUUCCUCACUCAAGCUGGAGCUUGAAAAACUUGAUAUGAAAGCCCGGCUCAGUGAGUUAUCUGACAAAGUGACGGAAAUAGAAGACGCCAAUGAUCUGCCAGAAGCAAUAAAUGGCAGCCUAAUAGAACUGUCAUCUCAACUUCUCAAUCUAUGGGGAAUAUUUCUUCAAUCCUCCUUGGAGAGUAAAGCAGAAAAGCAGCAAAUAAAGGAAGAAAAGUUCAAGAAGUUGUUCUUUUCUACUGACCAUCCCCGAGAAGAAGCUAUUUUAUAUGAUGAAAAGAUGUGA